AUGACCUUGAAAUGGACGCAGGGUAUCAAAGGGUUUCAGUUUGGAUUUAUAAAUGAUCAUGUACUAUGCGUCCGCAGUGGACCUACGGUCAGGUUUCAAGACCUUCAAAGUCAAGUAUGCAAUGUUUUUCGUCUCCGCACUAAUAAUCCCACAUCCUUGGUGGUCCACCCUUUGGAACCAUACUUCGCAGUCUUCGAGGUUUGUCAGUUAAACCCAAAGGUUUUCGUUUACCGAUAUCCGAAUUUCGAGGAAACUAUACUAACAGGAUCGGGCGAGCUGGAGCUUCAACAACUUGUGUUUUCCAGUUCCUCAUAUCUAGCAACAAUCUCUGGGGUCCCCGACUUUCUGUUGAGCUUGUGUUUCUGUCCACUCAAUUGGCGUCUGAUUGUGGCCACAGACUUACGCUAUAUCCAUGUUUGGUAUGUGGAAACGUGCAAUCAGAUCACGAUGCUACGUUCCAGAUCAACGCUGUUACCGGCCCGCUCGGUGCAAGUGGGAUUGUACCAUGACCCAAGUUUGAAGGCCGACCCAAAGCAAAUUGAACCAUGUAAAGACAAGAACAACUUGUACCCACAACUACCGGAGAGUGCAAUUUCAGGUGUGACGGAAGAAAAAGAACCAGAGUAUAAUGAUUAUAUGGAUGAUACGGAUCGCGUUAUCUGCGUUUCCCAAACUUGGUCGAACAAUGAACUGGUUUUCAUUGGUUGCAAAUACGGCGAAUUGCUACUGGUAGAUCCGAGCUCGCUUUCCAUAAAUGUGCUUUUAAACCCAUUGUCGCGCCGCGGCUUGGCUCAUGAGUCAACAACCGACGAUCCAACAUCAAUGACAAAGACCUCGGAGAUCAGCAUAUCAGUCUGCAACCAAAGUGAACCUCAGACCCAAGACGCCAGUUGUGGUCUCUCUUUGCCACUCAAGUGCCUAAGCUUUCUGAUAUUUGCCAAACAGGGUCUCUACAGCGCUGGAGAAGAUGGCACACUGCGCGUUAUUGGACUGAAUGCAGAAAAAUCUCGUACUCCUGUAACAACGAAGCUACCAGGGUUAACAUUAGAAACCCAAGAUUCCAAAGCUAUCCCUCAGCACAUGUGCAUUCGGAUUGUGUCCUGUACAAAAGCAUUUGUCUUUCGGAACCCAUUCAACUCUGACGGCCAAAAUGAAACUUUGAAAAUCACAGGGAUGGCAGUCUCACCAUCUUACAGUUUGCUGGCUUUGACUGCACGUUCCGGACAAAUGGCUAUUCUCAGAUUACCUGAGCAUAAAGAAGAUUACGGAAAGCACUUGGACCCUCAGCUAUGUCUGGCAACAAGCGGCGAAGCUUUCACUGGGUUUGGUGUUCUCGGACCAGACAACAAAAGCAUCUGUGCGGUAAGCCAUUUAUUUGUUAAGGAUGAAAUUCGGUUGUUUUUUCUCAAGUGUAUGUGCCAAUUUCCAUUUACUUACCAUCCUGUUGAUCAUAACGUGUUAACCAACGCUCCAUCUCAAUGGAACAACGGUUAAAAUACUCAUGUCUAACACGUCCCAUGGGGUAGCCCAGCUGAAAGUAACAAAAGCAGGCAAAAACAUGUCAGGACAUUUGAGUGCGUGCGAGCGAAACCACAAGGGCGUUUCCACAGCGG